GAAGCUCCAUGUGCGUCGCGUUUUGAUUGACAUGGCGGAGUCUCCCAGUACGCGUCGCGCCGCGCCAGCAGACAGGCAGGACCCGACCCUGGGAAUAAAAAAACGCGCAGCUCCGUCUGUUUGAAGAUUAUUUUAUUACAGCGAGGUAGGGCAGUUCAGUCAAUUUCUCCAUGAAUGUACGUCACAAUGAUGAUGACAGACCAGAUUCCACUGGACUUGGCUCCGCCCCCCCUCCUUAACGGGGAGGUCCCGCUGAUGCCUCACAUGGUUAAUGGUGACGCAGCGCAACAGGUGAUCCUGGUGCAGGUGAACCCAGGGGAGACGUUUACCAUCCGGGCAGAGGACGGCUCACUGCAAUGCAUCCAGGGUCCUGCCGAGGUUCCCAUGAUGUCCCCAAACGGGUCGAUCCCACCCAUCCACGUACCCCCGGGAUACAUCUCACAGGUGCUGGAGGAUACCACAGGGGUCCGCCGGGUGGUGGUUACCCCACAGUCCCCGGAGUGCUACCCUCCCUCCUACUCUCCGGCUCUCUCCCCGACGCACCACCUUCCCCCGUACCUGGCCCACCCUCACUUUAUCCCCAACUCUCCCUCUUUCUAUCCCCCGGUCAGCCCCGGGGAGCUGCCCCACCAGUACUACCAGCACCACCUCCCCCACAUGUACGGCGAUCCAGAAAUCAUCCCGGUUUACGGGAUGUCCAACUACAUAGGCAGAGACGACACGUACAACAAACCCAAAAAGAUAAAGGAACAGAGGCAACUAGAGCGACAGAAUCGGCUUAAUUCCCCUCCCUCCAAUCUCUAUAAGAGCAGUCUGGGGCCGGCGCACAACGGAUACAGCAACAAAUCACACGCCCCGUCGCUCGGGUCAGUGGGGUCAGGGGGCGGGCUGGGCAGCCCUGGGGGGAAGAAGCCGGAGAGGCGACUCCGCAGCAGCCCGAGAAACAGUGAACCGGAGACACACGCACAAGAUCAUGAUUCAGAGGGGAAGCGCGUUCAGGACAUGCUGUCUACGAUCGACAAACCACAGGUGUCCAAUAUUCAGGCACGGGCUGUACGGCUGUCCUGGGCCCCCCCAGCCGGGCUGGUGAACAGGCAUUCUAACGGGAUGCCUGUGUCCUGCUCCUAUGAAGUCUCUCUUUCGGACAAGGGACGGGACGGAAAGUAUCGCCUUAUAUACAGCGGUGAAGAGUUGGAGUACCACCUGAAAGACCUAAGGCCAGCGACAGAUUACCACGUACGGGUGUCGGCAAUGUACAACUCGGUUCGAGGCUCGUGUUCAGAGGCCGGCUCAUUCACCACACACUGCAGCGUCCCCGACGUACCGCCAACCCCCAAACUCUCCCACCGCACCAAGAGCACCCUCACCCUACAGUGGAAGCCCCCAGGCGACAACGGAUCCAAAAUCACAAACUACCUGCUCGAGUGGGAUGAGGGAAAGAAGAACAGUGUUUUCAGAGAAUGUUACUUUGGGAGCCAGAGACACUAUAAGCUGACACGACUGUUCCCCGCCUGCGGCUACACAUUCAGAGUGGCUGCACACAACGACAUUGGCACAAGUGACUUCAGUACAGAGGUGGUGUUUUACACGAUGGGCACCUUGCCCGCUCUGCCUCUGGCGCCGCGGCUUGUCAGGGCAGGCGUAUCCUGGGUGACCCUGGAGUGGGGGCGUCCCGAGGGCAGCCCGAGCGAGGAGCAGCUCAAGUAUACACUCGAGAUCCAGGAGGACAACAGCGGAACUGACUUUCAUCCAAAGUACACUGGAGAAAACUUGUCCUGUACUGUACAAGGCCUGAAGAGGAGUACGCAGUAUAAAUUCAGGCUCAUAGCAUCGAACGUGGAGGGGAAGAGCAGUCCCAGUGAAGUGUUGGUGUGCACCACCAAUCCAGACAAACCAGGCCCUCCAUCUACACCCUGCGUCACCGGAGCGACACCCUAUGGAUUCACUGUCUCGUGGGACCCUCCCCAGGAUAACGGGGGCUCAGAGGCUCUUACAUACUUGCUAGAGAUCUCAGAGGGAUGCUCCGAAGCAAAUCAGUGGGAGGUAGCAUACAGUGGUCCAGCAACGGAGUGUGUGUGUGAGCGCCUGACACCUGGAACCUUCUACCGCCUACGUGUGUGUAGCAUCACCACCGGAGGACACAGCCCGUGCACUGUUAGUGUUCCGGUCCGUACAUUAAGCGUCCCACCAGGGCCCUGUCAGCCGCCAAGGAUUGUGGGUAAAGCCAAACAUAAGGAAGUGCAGUUAGAAUGGGACUCCCCUGCCUCUGAGGGAGUGUGUGCGGAGUGUGUGUUCAGUGUGGAGAUGAGCGAGGGGGACUCCAAGCCAGCAGAGGUGUACCAGGGCUCCGAGCUGCAGUGCACUGUUGCCAGUUUGCUACCUGGUGCGACGUACAGCUUCCGACUGAGGGCUGCCAACGAGGCUGGGUUCGGCGCUUUCUCCGAGCCGACAGAGGUGACGACUGCAGCGGGUCCUCCUGGCCAGUGUGGGGCGCCACUCAUCACUCUCACCAGUAACACAUGUGUAACGCUCAACUGGGAGAGCCCCGAGGGUUCGGGCACAGACAUCUCUGAAUAUCGCUUGGAGUGGGCGAGGGAAGACGAACCCAUGGAGCUCAUCUACUGUGGGUCCGCCACACAGUGUGAACUAUCAGACCUUACGCCUGCCACAGAUUACUGCUGCAGGCUACAGGCGGUGAAUCAGGCGGGCGCCGGCCCCUAUAGCGAGCAGGUGAGUUACCGGACCCUAGCGACGCAUCCCGACCAGAUCUCAUCCCUCACCCUCCUGGACCUCCCGACCUCCUCGGAGACGGGCCACUCCCCAUCCACCUGCCUCCUCCUGAAGUGGGAGGAGCCAAACAGCAACGGGGCGGAGAUCACCUCCUACAUCAUCACCGUGGAAGACCAACCCAUCACUGUGGAGUCGGGCACGAGUCACCUUGUCACAGGGCUGCAGCCAGACAGUGAAUACAGCGUGCAGAUCCAGGCGGUGAAUGCCAUCGGCUCCAGUCCCUUGAGUCCACCUCUGCUCGCGAGGACACGCCCCCUCCCUCCGGCACCGCCCCCGCUCGAAUGCUCAGCGGCUGGCCCUCAGAGCCUGAAGCUCAAGUGGGGCGAGAACGCGAGUCACACGCGUGCCCUGCUUGCUGACGACAUGGUCUACACACUACAAAUGGAGGACAAGAACCACAGAUUUGUGACAAUCUACCGCGGCCCCAGCCACACCUACAAGGUCCAGCGGCUGAUCGAGUCCAGCAGCUACAGCUUCAGAAUACAGGCCAUCAGCGACGCUGGGGAGGGUCCCUUCUCUGACACGCAUACUUUCUGCACCACCAAGUCUGUGCCACCUGCCCUCAAAGCCCCCAGAGUGCACCAGCUGGAGGGCAACAUGUGUGAGAUCUCCUGGGAGACGGUUCCGCCAAUGAGAGGAGAUCCCGUGAGCUACGUGCUCCAGGUGCUGGUGGGACGAGAAUCAGAAUACAAACAGGUUUUUAAGGGAGAGGAGGGCGUGUUCCAAAUAUCUGGUCUCCAGGGCAACACGGACUACCGUUUCCGCGUGGGCGCCUGCCGCCGUUGCCAGGACACGUGCCAGGAGCUGUGCGGACCGCUGAGCCCCUCCUCCUUGUUCACGCUGCGUCGCCAGGAGGCGUUGUCAUCGGGAGACCUGUGCGCCGUGGACACGGGCAAAGGGGCGGGCCUGAUAUCGAGCGACGAGCGCUUCGCGGCGCUGAUCGUGUGCGUGUUCGCGGGCUUCUCCAUCCUCAUCGCCUGCUUGCUACAGUACUUCUUCAUGAAGUGAGGGAAUUCAACUAUAGGAUAGAAAGAGGAAGAAAAAUCACAGAAACACUUUAAAAAAAGAAAAAUUAAAAAAAAAUACGUCUAUGAAAGAACCGAAUGAAAUCAAAACAAACACUUGAGAUGUGCUUCUGAGGCUAUGUUAUUUUUUUUUUGUUUGUUUGUUUUUCUGUAGUCAAAGUAUCGAUCCAGGCUUUACUCACCUCGUUCCUGUUGUCUCCUGCCUUCACUCAUUUUGAUCUCAUUUCUUCUUUCCACGUCUCUUUGUAUCAUUGUCCAUUUGUUAAGGAUUUCUGCGGAGGGAAGCCUUCUCUCGGCUGUACCUCGGUUGGGAAAGAAAACCGAUAAUCAAGCCUUAAAAUAGCUGUGGGCAGCCGAGUUGCUCCUCAGACUCAGACUUGCAUGUUUUACUUUGUAUCUUGUUUAAAAAGAAAAACACAUAUUCAGUUAGAGAGCGUGUAUAUUUCUUGACAACCAUUGCCUUACUUGUUUUUCAACGUUUAAUUUUCCUUCUUCUUCCUUGUUUUUUUUUUUUUUUUGUUUGUUUUUUUGUGUUACAUUUUGGCUGCAGCCUUUACUCGUUCAGCCAUAUCCAAGUGUAGGCCUUCAAAGCUUUAGCUGCUCGUACUCAUCCAGUUUGUUACUAGCCUACUCUGCGGGCCGGCGGUCUUCUUGCGCAAAACCCGUACCUGACCAUACAUAACAAUGCGCACACCUGUAACUACGCUCAUGCAACGACAAUGACAAAAGAAAAAAGAAAAAAUUCCUCCUGAGAAGUCAAUCGCAAAUCUGCUCAGCUUUUCAUAGUCAGUCAAUCACUCAUUCAGCUACCAAAGCGAUGCAAUCCAUGUGUGGUGUAAGAUGCUGCUAUCCUGUGAUUUUUUUUUUUUUUUUAUUAUAUCUGAGAAAGAAUGGAAAACCAGUAAUCUAAUAUAUAUACACAAUAUAUAAAUAUAUAUAUAUAUAUAUAUAUAUAUUAUAGCAAAUAUCUGUAAUGCUAUAAAAGUGAUGUAAUAUAAGUGAUGGCAAUGUAAGGUCUGAAGUACAGUGUAAAAAGGGAGAAGUGGACUCUAGGUGCUCAGUAACAGCCGCUCUGAGGUCAUCUUGCGCGUAAGGUUGAAGGAGCCCUUAAACACCGGUCUUGGAUCAGUAUAUGAACCUCCGUUGGUAUACGUAUGUUGGGGCGGGAAUCGGCUUUAGGUUAGCCGAGGCUGGGAGGUGGAGGGGGGCCGUGGGGGGAUCGUUGAACGGCUGCGACUUUCCAGUAAGGGCUCGGCUGAACGCGGUCGUUUGGCCCCUGAGCUUCUCUCCGUAUCUCUACCAUCUCAAAAGAAAACUAGCCUAAUUUAUCUGUAGCUUAAGUAGCGACACGUCCGUGAACGUCACAGACCCAGAGGUGCUAACAGCCUGCCAGCUAGCCGCCCUUCUCAGAGCCGCGUUUGUGUGUUAACCGGGAAAAGCAUUAGGAGCUUAGCUCGAGCUUUACCCCUUCCUCUUAAACGUAACCCCAGCCGCCAGCCAGAGCAGCGCUGAAGCCGUUCCUCCUUCCAGCUAGUCUGUGAAUCGAUACAUUUGAAGAGUCUUGUCCUCGCUCCUAUAACGAUCUGUAAUUACCUUCUUAUUCUUCUUCUUCUUUUGUUUUGUUUUUUUUUGCUCUGGCUGCUUCUCUCUUGCUUUUGAUCCAUCCCAUCUUUCUGUCCAGGCUCUGUUUCAUUCUCUCUAUUAAAAGGUGCUUUAUUGACAUGUAAUCAGAGCGGUAGCAAGUCUGUGGUCUCUCCUCAGACGGACACGUUUUCUGAGGACUUGAACUAAUGUUCACUAACCAAACAAGCCUUUGACAGAACACAAAUCAAACAGAACAGGGCAUUCUGACACGUAACGACCCCUGACCUCCCGUCUCAAAUCCCGAAACCUGUUUUUUUUUUUUUUUUUCCUUUUGUUUUACCCCAAACCUGACCAGCGAAGCCAAGGUACAACCCAAUACAUACCCUGAUAAUCCAAAGAAGUCACUCUGAGGGAUUGGAUGGGAGACGGAGGCGGUAGUUAGCUCUGACUGGCAGCCUGUAAUGUACCUCAGGGAUAAAGCCUUACAGAGGGGAGAUCAAUCCUGUCAUCCCCAUUCGCUGUCCUCAUCGCCACCAUCAUAUUAGCCUCUCUUCCUCCGCUUUUCUGUCUUCCUCCCUCUUUUUCCCCCCUCUUUCAUUUUUAUUUUUAUUUUAUAUAUAUAUAUAUACUGUAUCUCGCCCUCUGUCUAUGCUGUGCCUUGCUCCUGUAUGUGUCAGAAAAGCAAAAUGGUUUACUAGCUCAAGAAAAAAAAAAAAAAAAAACCUUUGCCAAAGUCGAUGGGAAAGUUAAGGUAGAGUUCUUUUUCUAGGUUUUAUUUAUACUAUAUAUUUGCAUACAGUACUUUACAUGCCAAUUACAGUGCAAUCUUCAUUUAUUUAUUGUUUAAAGAUUAAGAGACAAGUGUAGUUAUAUACUAAUUUUUUCUUGUAGCAUGUUUUUUUUCUUUUAAAUUUUUUUCUUUUUUUUCUUUUUAUUUUUUUUUUUAAAUAAAUGGAUGUAUGUUAGAUUGUAUGAUUAAGGCCAGCAUUCCUUAUCUCAGUAACCCUUUAAGUAUUUCUUUUACAGCUGUUGGGAACCUGUAGCUCAUCAGUCCAUACAGUGCAGUUAUCAUUGCCGUUUCAAACAUGUAACCAAAUGCCUAUGGUUUUUAUUUCUGUUGUUUUUGUUUUUUUUGUUUUCUUGUUUUGUUUUUUUUUCUUCAUCUCCUGUUUCGGCCACGCACAGGCAAGCAGUUCUUGUAAUGCUUAGAACGACAUGUAGCAAGCCAGGCCCAAGGGUCGGAUAAAGUCAACCUGUAUUGGGAUAAACGUUUGCUGCCUUUGGCUUUUUUAUUUUUUGUUUUUUUCAUUAUUUUUUCUGAUUAGUGUUAUAAUGAAGCUUCUGAUAUCGUUUUACUGUUUUAAUGCCAAAGUGCAAGCUUUCCGUGUCCACUAGAUGUCGCUUUCGCAGCCGUCUAAAGGGUCCUGUGAUGUUCUCCUGUAACGACACAGCAUUAUUAUUACUAUUGUUGUUAUUAUUAUUCUCUCGAAAGGAAAAAAAAAAACAUUAACUUGAUCUGUGAUUAUGCUUCUUUUCAUAUUAUCUUUUUAUUUUUUUUGUUUUUAUUUUUUUUGUAAAGCAAAAUGUGCCAUUUUGAAAUGUGUAGCCCCCUUCCGGAGCCGAGUUUUGUAACACGACCUGAUUUCACACUGAAAGGUAAAGAAGGCAACAAAACAAAACAAACAAAAAAAAUACAAUCAUUGCAGUGAUUUCAGGCAGACGACGACAAUGAUAAUAUCGACGAUUCCUUUUUCCAGGCUAGUGCUGGUGUAGCAGUAGUGAGUGUUUUGUAUCCAGUGUUUUUUUUUUCGUUUUUUUUCUUGCUAAGAGAUGAUAUACAGAGAUAUCUAUAGAGCUAUAGAAUGAGAUGGUAAAUACGUUAUGACUAACAGAGUUGAAGCACUUUUUUUUCAGGCUUGAUGAGGUAAAUGUGAGCUGGAGGAAACCCUCAAGGCUCGAUUCCAAACACUACUGCCAACGCUGUCUGUUACAUUCGUUUGGCAUUAAUUUGCCGUUGGCGUCACUGUGACAUUGGCAUUACGAGGGGGUGGGAGGGGGGCUCAAAGUACGGCAACAAAGGAAGUACAUUUCAGCUCAUAGGGAGCAUGGGGCCCUUUGUCAGGUGUGCUCAGAUGUGUUGCAUUGUAUUUUACAGGUGACGUGUGGGGCUUAAAAUGCUAAUGUUAUGUCGCCCUGUUGCCCACCCACAGCCGCUAUGCCCCCCUCCCCCUCUUUUAGGCCUUAAUGCCCCACUAGGAGAGCAGAGGUCCAUGGUGCAUUUGAUGUCAGGCCAGUUAUGCUAGUGUCGUAUAGUCUAAGGUUACAGUGUUAACUAAAAGGCUUCAUUUUUGUGGGCAGGGUACUCCCUUUCUGUUCUUUGUUUUUUUUAAUAAUUAUUUUCAAGUGCUGGUGAUUUUUCUUUUUUAAUUUUUAAGAACCUCCUCACUUACUCACUCACCUUGCUGGUCCUGCACAUCUGACAGUUCAAGAAUGAGAGAUAGCGUUUUUUGCCCAGCAGCCCCACGUCUGUGCCUUCUGAUCAUUUAUUAUUUUUUAUUUCUAUUUUUUAUUUUUUUGUUGGUUUUUAGUUAAUUUUUCGUUCUUUUUUUCUUCAAUUUUUAUUUCAUGUUUUGUACGUUUUUACAGUAAGUAGAGAUUUUGACUGAGAGAUUGGCGAUUUGACAAAAAACGUACAGAGACUCACAGGUAUUUAACUAUUUUCUAAGCGAGACAAAAGCAGAAAAAAAGAAAGAAACGUAUUUUUACCUCACGAUUUAAAAACAAACAUUCCAAUGUUGUCAUGGUCUAUGAAUUGAGAUAAGAACAGAAAAAAAGAAAAUCAUGCAUUUCUUCUUGUAUUGUAAAUGUUAGACAAUUUCAUAUGCAUUAUAUAAAAGAAACUGCCAUAUCAAUUUUAAUGUAUAGAUUUUUGCAAAUACUACCCUAUGUAUGUAAGACGUAACUGUAUCGGUAGCGUAUAUAUAAUAUAUUUAUGCCCAAUAAAUGUUUUAAUUUUUUUCUGAA